AUUGAAGAUGCUGGUCCGAAGGUUAGUCCCUCGAAAUCCCAUAAUAACCUAUAAACCGUAGAUCAGCUCCUAAAUUGGCUUAAUUAGGUGAUGGCCCUUCGAACUGCCGCAUCUGGCGGUUAUCACCGAUUUGACAUUCGAGGCACAUAUAUGCUUUCAAAUCUCUUGCAAGAAUUAUAUAUGGCGAAAGAAUUCGGCCGGAAACGAAUCAUCCUCGAUAUAGGCCGCCUCAACGAGAACCCAGUUAGCAGAUUAUCUAGGCUUAUCAAGAAUCAAUUCUGGGAAGGCCUAACUCGCCGUAUUGAUGCUUCGAGCAUUGAAAUAGCUGCGAGAGAUCCUAAAGACUGGACGAGUGACCCGCGGCCUCGCAUCUAUGUUCCAAGAGGAGCUCCUGAGCAAUACGAGUUUUACCAAAAAGUUGCCCUCGAGCGACCAGAGAUUCGGCUAGAUGUUCUUUACCUGCCUGAGAAGAUCACCCCUGAAGUGGUACGAGAUAUGAAUGACAAGCCUGGGCUGCUUGCUGUUGAUAUGGAGGAAAUUGUCGACCCGAAGACUGGGGAGAAGACCCUACGCGGGCUUCCGUUUGUGGUUCCGGGAGGGAGAUUCAAUGAGUUGUACGGGUGGGAUAGCUAUAUGGAGUCUCUUGGGCUGCUAGUUAAUGACAAGGCGUACCUCGCUAAGUCGAUGGUCCAAAACUUUUGCUUCUGCAUUAAACACUAUGGCAAAAUCCUCAACGCAACUAGAUCGUACUAUUUAUCACGAUCACAGCCGCCCUUCUUAACCGAUAUGGCUCUUCGUGUGUACGAGAAAAUCCAGCACGAGCCUGGCGCAAUUGACUUCCUUCGCACAGCGUUCCUUGCUGCGAUCAAGGAAUAUUACUGUGUAUGGACCGCAGAGCCACGAUUAGACCCAAAGAGUGGUCUAUCGAGAUACCGUCCAGAAGGGUUGGGUGUACCACCGGAGACUGAGGCAUCCCAUUUCGUUCAUAUUCUCGAACCUUAUGCUAAGAAACACAACAUGACAUUCGAGGAGUUCGUCAGGGCCUAUAACUACAGGCAAGUCGACGAACCGGAAUUGGACGAAUACUUUCUCCACGACCGAGCGGUGCGGGAGUCGGGCCACGACACCUCGUACAGACUCGAGAAGAUCUGCGCCAACCUUGCGACCAUCGACUUGAACUCGUUGAUCUACAAGUACGAGAUGGACAUCGCGCGCACGAUUCGUAACGUUUUCGGGGAUAAGCUAGAAAUCCCGGCCGAAUGGUGUGGAGGCGACAUGGUCCCCGGCCAAGUGGAGACAUCGGCAAUUUGGGACCGGAGAUGGAAGAGGAGGCGGGCGGCGAUCCACAAGUACUGCUGGAGCGACGAAAAAGGUAUGUACUUCGAUUACGACACUGUCAAGCAAGAGCAGUGCACGUACGAGAGUUGCACGACUUUCUGGCCGCUGUGGGCGGGCGUGCCGGACCCGGAGCGUGCGGCACAGGUGGUCAAGUUCGCGCUACCCAAAUUUGAGGCGUACGGGGGUCUACUAUCGGGCACAGAGGAGAGCCGCGGCGCGGUCAGUCUGGAGCGACCUAACCGACAAUGGGAUUACCCGUACGGAUGGGCGCCGCAACAGAUGCUGGCAUGGACUGGGCUGUACAGGUACGGAUACGCGGAUCUAGCACAGAAGCUAGCGUACAAGUGGCUGUUCAUGGUGACCAAGGCGUUCUUCGACUUCAACGGCGUGGUGGUGGAGAAAUACGAUGUUACAAGGCCGGUAGACCCGCACCGCGUGGAUGCGGAGUACGGUAACCAAGGGCUGGACUUCAAGGGGGUUGCUAAGGAAGGAUUCGGCUGGGUCAACGCAAGUUACGUCUACGGCCUUCAGUUCAUCAACACAGAGAUGAAGAGGGCGUUAGGCACGCUGACACCUUACGAGACGUACGAAAGGGCUCAGCAAUUGAAGGAAGAGAAACUGUUGCAGGAACUGGCCUAAACUCUGAAAUAAGGCCUGGCUAAUGUUAUGCGAACGGGGAUGACAGAUACCGCUCGCUUAAACUACCUACUGAUUGCUUGGGAUAAGCAUUGCUUCUUUGUGCGCUUCUAGCUACCUACCGAACUUGCAUUCUUAUUCUAUGCAUGGUUACUACAUACAUCAAUUAUCCAAGGCUAAUGGCUGGUUUGCGGGUGGAAGAGGGCAGAGGGAAGUCUCGGGGAGAAAUAGGUUGCAUCCGAUCUGAUGUAGGUAGUAUCGUAGUGUAGGGCGAUGAAUAAGUAUUGUUUAGUCUUUAGUUUGGGGGUGUGGGUUUGGUUUAUUGGUGUUUUGAGUGAUGAGAUUGAUGAUUUAUGAUUUGGUGGCGAUACUCAGCUCUACCUACCUACGCUAAAACUAUGAUUUAUAUUAUAUUCAUUUUUGUU